AUGUGCGCGGCGGGGAGGCGCUGGGACCGGAGGCAGCGAUCUCUGCUCUGGGUGAUGCUGCUGAUGGCGUGGGAGGCGGCGUGGGGGCAGCUGCGCUACUCGGUGCCCGAGGAGAUGCCCAAGGGCUCGUUCGUGGGCGACGUGGCCAAAGACCUGGGGCUGCAGCUGCCCGAGUUUCGAGACCGCGGUGCCCGCAUUGUCUCGGAAGGUAGGACUCAGUGUUUCGCUCUGGACGGGAAGACGGGACAUUUAGUGACGGCGGAGAGGAUCGACCGAGAGCAGCUGUGCGAGCGUGUUCAGCAAUGCGUGCUGCGCUGUGAGCUGAUAGUGGAGGGGGAAAUGAAGUUUUAUGAAAUAGAAGUGGAAAUCACGGACAUUAACGACAACUCCCCCAGCUUCAAGGAAAUUGAACUGCAGGAGAAAAUAAGUGAAACGACAGCCCCGGGGGCGCGGUUUCCCCUUGCCGAAGCCCACGACCCCGACUCGGACCGGAAUUCCCUGCAGAGCUACGAGCUGAGCGGUGACGAGCACUUCUCGCUGGCCGUGCAGGCGGGCCCCGGCGGCGAUCAGCGUCCCGAGCUGGUGCUGGCGAAGGCGCUGGACCGGGAGGAGGCGGCGUUUCACGAGCUGGUGCUGAGGGCGAUGGACGGCGGCGAUCCGGCACGGACGGGCACGGCUCGGAUCCGAGUGACGGUGCUGGACGCGAACGACAACGCGCCCGUGUUCAGCCAGGCGGAGUACACGGUGCGCGUGCCCGAGGACGUGCCCGUGGGCUCCGUCCUCGUCACCGUCACGGCCACCGAUACUGACGAGGGGCUGAAUGGGCACGUGAAAUACUCGAUUCAGAAAAUUACAGAGAAAGCCACGCAGAUUUUCGAGUUGCACUGCGACACGGGAGAGGUGAGCCUUUUGCGCAGCCUGGACUUCGAGGAAGGGUAUUACUACGAACUGGAGGUGCAGGCACAUGAUGGGGGAGGCCUUUUUGACACGACGAAUGUUGUGGUGACCGUGACUGAUGUGAACGACAACGCGCCCCUACUCAGAGUGUCGUCGGCGCUGAAUGAGAUCUCUGAGGAUGCGCCGUCAGGAACUGUAGUGGCCCUGCUACACCUGCAGGACCGCGACUCGGGGGUGAAUGGCGAGGUUCGCUGCUCGCUCGACGGAGACAUCCCGUUCAGGCUGGAGAAGUCUUUUGACGAUUACUACCGUGUGGUGACAGCGAGAGAGCUGGACCGAGAGCAGGUGUCGGAGUACAACGUGACGGUGCGGGCGGCCGACGGCGGGUCGCCGGCGCUGCAGAGCAGCGCGGUGCUGGCGCUGCGCGUGCUGGACGUGAACGACAACGCGCCGGUGUUCGCGGAGGAGCGCUACAGCGCGCGGCUGGCGGAGAACAACGCGGCGGGCGCGCUGGUGCUGACGGUGCGCGCGACGGACGCGGACUGGGGGCAGAACGCGCGCGUGCGGUACCGGCUGUCGGAGGGGCGGGUGCGGGGCGCGCCGCUGUCGUCGUACGUCUCUUCCAACUCUGAUGAAUCUGUGAUUAUGUGAAACACGAAAAGAUGCCUUGUAAUUAUCAAGAUGGAUAAGCAGUUCUCAUCCAUGCCGUGGGUGCGUGCGGAGGACGGCGGCGCGCCGGCGCUGAGCAGCAACGUGUCGGUGCUGCUGCUGGUGGUGGACGAGAACGACAACGCGCCGCAGGUGCUGUACCCGCCGCCGGCCGCGCUGCGGGCGGGCUCGGGCUCGGGCUCGGGCUCGGGCGUUGCGUGGUCGGGCGUGGAGCUGGCGCCGCGCUGGUCGGAGGCGGGCGCGCUGGUGGCCAAGGUGGUGGCGGUGGACGCGGACGCGGGUCAGAACGCGUGGCUGUCGUACGAGCUGGCCAAGGCCACGGAGCCGGGGCUGUUCCGCGUGGGGCUGCACAGCGGCGAGGUGCGCACGGCGCGCUCGCCGCUGGCCCGCGACGCGGCGCGCCACAGCCUGGUGGUGGUGGUGAAGGACCACGGGCGGCCGGCGCUGUCGGCCACGGCCACGCUGCAAGUGGUGCUGGCCGAGAGCGUGGCCGAGCUGCUGGCCGAGCUGGGCAGCGCGGCCGACGAGGCGGCGGCGCCGGGCGAGCCGGCCGUGAGCCUGACGCGCUGGCUCGUGCUGGCCGUGGCCGCCGUGUCGUGCCUCUUCGUCGCCUUCCUGCUGCUGCUGCUGGCGCUGCGCCUGCGCCGCUGGCGCCGCCAGCAGCUGCUGCCGCCCGACAGCGGCGCCUUGCGCGGCGUGCCCGUCUCGCACUUCGUGGGCAUCGACGGCGUGCGCGCCUUCCUGCAGUCCUACUCGCACGACGUGUCGCUCACGGCCGACUCGCGCAAGAGCCAGCUGCGCUUCUCGGCCGGCGGCAGCUGCUGCGACACCCUCCCGGCCCGGCCACUGCCCGACGAGCCCGCGCCGCUGCUCGGCGACGAGGAUCCUGCCGGCGCCUUCCCUGCGGAUCCCGCCUCACUACCGGUGAGUUUCUGGGACAGGACAGCCUUCGUGACUUUUUUCUCUUUUGCUCUCCUCUUCAUGCCUCCC